GUUUGCGCCCAGCUCACUGCUGGAAGGGAAGGCGCCGGGAAGGACGGCCAGCCCCCCAGGCUCUGGGUGGGCUGCGCCGCGCCGCUCUCGGACCUUCCUGGGUUGGAGAGGUGCGCACCGUCCGCACCGCACCCAGCGGCGGCCGGCCGUCUCCUGCUCAGGAGAUGCUCGCCGGAGCCUGAGUUCCUGAGCCUCUGGAGCGACCACCUGCGAACGCCCUUGGCUUCUACUGCGCCACCAUGGAGGGCAACUCAGAGAAAAUACUCCAGGUCUUAAAAGACCGUUUUCAAAGGCCCAAAAUGAAGUUCACACUUACCCGCUGGUGCUUGACCCUCUUCAUCUUCUUGAAUCGCCCACUUCCGGUUCUUCCUGCCAGUUCAGAUUCCACCUACUCUCCAACACUGGAGCCGGAGCCAUUUCUCUUCCUUUUAGGAAAACAGAGACUGCUGCAGGCACAGCACAAAUGCUUUGACCGAAUGCAGAAGUUGCCCCCCUACCAAGGAGAAGGUCUGUACUGCAACCGCACCUGGGAUGGCUGGGCCUGCUGGGACGAUACACCAGCUGGAACGCUAGCGGAACAGCACUGCCCAGAUUAUUUUCCGGACUUUGAUGUGGAAGAAAAAGUUACAAAGUAUUGUGAGGAGGAUGGGGUUUGGUACAUGCAUCCUGAGAGCAACAUUUCCUGGUCCAACUAUACCAUGUGCAACGCUUUCACCCCUGAGAAGAUGCAGAGCGCAUACAUCCUGUACUACCUGGCUAUUGUGGGUCAUUCGAUGUCGAUGGUCACCUUGGUGAUUUCCCUGGCGAUUUUCAUGCUUGUUAGGAGCCUUAACUGCCAGCGUGUGACUCUGCAUAAGAACAUGUUUCUGACCUACGUUCUGAACUCUAUCAUCAUUAUCAUCCACCUGGUUGAAGUUGUGCCCAAUGGAGAGCUCGUGAAAAGGGAUCCGCCGAUGUGCAAGAUUCUGCACUUUUUCCACCAGUACAUGAUGUCGUGCAACUAUUUCUGGAUGCUCUGCGAAGGCCUCUACCUGCACACUCUGAUUGUGGUGUCUGUGUUCGCUGAGGGGCAACGCCUGUGGUGGUACUACCUCCUGGGCUGGGGACUCCCGCUGCUGCCAAGCACUGCUCAUGCUAUUGCUCGGGCUCUGUUAUUCAACGACAACUGCUGGCUGAGUGUGGACACCAACCUGCUUUACAUCAUCCACGGUCCGGUCAUGGGGGCACUGGUGUUGAACUUCUUCUUCCUGCUGAACAUCAUCCGGGUGCUUGUGAAGAAAAUAAAGGAAUCGCAGGAGGACUCGUACAUGUACCUGAAGGCGGUGAGGGCCACUUUGAUCCUGGUGCCCCUUCUGGGGGUCCAGUUCGUCAUCCUUCCCUGGCGACCUUCCCACCCCGUGCUUGGGAAGAUCUACGACUUUGUGAUGCACUCUCUGAUUCACUUCCAGGGAUUCUUCGUGGCCGUCAUCUACUGCUUCUGCAACCAUGAGGUCCAGGCCGCCCUGAAGCGCCAGUGGAACCAGUACCAAGCGCAGCGCUGGAAUGGCCGCCGCCGGGCCCACCGCGCGGCCAAUGCCGCCGCCGCCACUGCUGCCGCCGCCGCCGCCCUUGCUGAGACUCCGCCGAUCUACAUCUGCCACCAGGAGCCGCAGAACGAGCCCGCCGACCACCUGGGCGAGGAGGGUGCUGAGGUCAUCCCUAUGGAGGGCGGGGAGGUCAUCUCCAUGAAGGGCGCUGAGGUCAUCCCUAUGGAGGGCGGGGAGGUCAUCUCCAUGAAGGGCGCUGAGGUCAUCCCUAUGGAGGGCGGGGAGGUCAUCUCCAUGAAGGGUGCUGAGGUCAUCGCCGUGCAGGGCGCUGCUGAGGUCAUCGCCGUGGAGGGUGCUGAGGUUGUCGCUAUGGAGAUCAUUGAGCAAGAGUCAUCCGCUUGAAAUGUGACGCCGACAACAGCCUUGUGACCCCCGAGCCCUCAUUUCCUGGGAGCAAGACCAACCCUACAUCUCAAGUGAUCUCCAUCCUCCCAGGAGCACACAUCUCAUUUGUGAGAAGUAUCAAGUGCAUUUGUCCAUAGUGAAUCCGAAGACAGUUUUACUUGGUACUGUUGCUACCGGGAGACAGUCGAGGAAUGGAGUCUCCCUCUACACCACCUGUGAACUCUGCAACACCUGUGAACUUUGCGACACCUGUGAAUUCUGUGACACCUGUGAACUCUGCAACACCUGUGAACUCCUGUGAAUACCAUCUUUCAUCCAGGACUGAGAUGUACAAAUGUCAGAGUAACGCAAGCAAAGUAACCGAGUAAAACCCAAGUUGACCUAGUUCAGAUCCAGGGUGCUCCGUGUUAAUCUUGAAGCCAUUUCUACCUUCGAAAAAUUCAAUCACCAUCAUUGGUUUUCUUUUUAACUCAAAACUUUGAAAUUAGGAUACUUUGGUAUUUGGCUAUGGUUCUGAUUUUUUUUUAUUGCUUUUUUUAAUUUCAAUCAAUUCUGAUGUUCCUCAGAUGUUUUACCAUCCACAGACACACACACAAUGUAAACCGCACAAAUUACAACGUGACCUCCUCAAAGUGGCUUUCUAACGUAGAGAUGACUGAGUUUGUGGGGGGAAAAGACCUGCAUUUGACAGGAAGAUGUAAGGCUUUGAAUGGGGAAAAAAAAAAAAAAAAAGUUAGUUUGCUCCAAAUAUUAGAUGGGUCUUUGUGUUCAUUACUUUACUAAUACCGAGUGCUCGGCUUGGCCUAGUGCAAGUCCUGACUUCUGUAAGAAGGAAUUGGCUUUCGUGUUCACUGUGCUUUGAUUACUAACAUUUACAAAUUGGGAAGUCACAAAGAAUCCAUCACUAAAUUUUUCACAAAACUGCCAAAAAAUCGAAUUCCUAGUGGAAGAGAAUACUCUCUCUAAAGAGAGUUUUCCACUUUCCUAAACUCCAGGAUUUAUAUAACAAAUCACUCGAGGUUUCUAAAGCAGAUUACCUCUUGCCCUUGGGUGCUAUCUAGCAGUAAAAGAUAAAUUUGUUUAAGACUGGUAAUUAAAAGACUCCAUAUAACUCCAUUAACUGCUUUCUACCCAGCUUCUAAGCUUAAUAAGAUCUCAGCCUUUUCCAGAAAGAUUCAGUAGGGCUAAUUAGAAAUCAGUUUGUGGUUGACCUCUUGUUUGAUGCUAUUAGUGAAACAGGAGGGGGAAAAAAACAAUUAACCACUACAAGUUUGACUGUAUACCGACUCAUUUAAAAUAAGAGUUUCUCAUUAAAAUUCAAUGUUAUAGUCCCAUACCUCUCUUUACUUCCAUAUAAAAUCUUCAAAAAUCCCUGAGUAAACCAGUAUCAUUACUGGCACCUGAGAUUAAUUUGUGAAUUUGCAACAGCACUCAGUUACCCUUACGUAAUUUGUAUUCCAAAUGAAGAGAUACAUCAAAGCCCUCCACAUCUCAAGUCUCAAGUUAUGUGCUCUUAUGCCACUGCCUUUCAGAGAUGAUAUAGUUUCAGAGAUGAUAUAGUUUUUAGAGAUGAUAUAGUUUUGGAAAGACAAAAGAAAAAUAUAUUCUUUCAGAGAAAAUGUAUUUUGGAUACUAAAGUAGCUUAUGUCUCCUUUACUUGAAUGUAAGGGAGGAUUUGAAAAGAGGGUAUUUUUCCAAUCACAGUGUUUAUGUAAUAAGUGUUCCUAUUUUUGUUUACAAACAUGGAAAGCAGUAUUUCUGGCAGCUCUAGUACAAAUGUGAUAACAUUUUGCUGAAAUAUUCUAAAUGCUAUUGUGCUAAUAUAGUAGUGGCUGAAUAAGAUCAAACAGCUUACUAUAGAAUUGUGCACAGUGCCAAAAUGAUGUGAAAUGCUUGUGCUGUAUCCAUGUAUGAAUUAAUAAAGAGUAAUGAUAAGCAAAA